UACUGGUUGUUAUUUUGAUUGCGAAGAUGGCGAAUCUACGGUGCGUAUGAGACGCUCUGAGUCACUUCAUCUCUGGAUAUAUAAGACCUGCUCCACUGACCACGCCACACUUGUCAUCUGUUGAGGACACCAUGAACUCGAUACUCUGCUUUGCUCUCGCGAUCUGCGCCAGCAUGGCGCUUACAUCGGCUUACCCCGUCGCCGAACCAGCCGAGGACAUCUCCUAUAUAAGCCUGCAAGAAACAGCUCCCAUCCAAGCAGCGGCCGAUGAGGAAACCCUACAGCCAGAACAAUCACGCUAUAAGCGCCACGGCUGGGGUGGCGGUUGGGGGCAUAGGGGUUAUGGGCACGGCGGCUGGGGCCGCGGAUGGGGGUACGGCGGCGGUUGGGGGCGUAGAGGCGGAUGGGGCUACGGGGGAUAUGGGGGCGGGUACGGCGGAGGGUGGGGAGGUGGUUGGUACGGCUAA